UCAAGUCAAACUUUCAGACAGAAGUUUGAACAAUAAAAUUUUGUCCACGGGAGAAACAAUUUCCUUUGGAUUCUCUUUCUGUUUCUGUGUUUAUCUCAAGCUAGCUUCCUUUCUGGUAAAGGCCAUGGAUGGGAAUGGAAGAGUUCACCCAGAGUGUCCUAAUGCUGCAAAUCCAUACCAUGAAUGUGGUGUCCUCUGCUUAGAGAAGGUUGCUGAAGGGAAAGGAACAAAGGCAAAGGAGAAAAAGACAUUAAGUUCAAAAUUUCUUGACGUCUCGAGAAGCUUUGGUAGGAAAAAGAAGUCCGAAUCUCUGCCAAAGUCCCAUCAAGCACUUGAAAGCCCCCAUGCAGCAGGUGCAGUUUACCCCGGUGAUCUUAGGUCUCCUCGGUCUCAUUUUUCUAGGAAGAAGAUGGAAGCGGAGAAGGGUGAGUCAUUUUCUUCUUCUGAGCAACACUCCGAAGAGAUAUAUUCCCAAGAUCAAUCAUUUGAGAAGGCACCAAUUCAAUACUCUCAACCUUUGCAGAUGUCCGGAAAACUCAUGUCCCCUGCUGAUGCACCAACCAAAGUUAAACGAGAGAAGGUACAAGAUUCCCCCAAGAUAAGUUCAGAUACAAAUACGAAGGAUGCAAGAGAUGCCCUUAGCUCAGCCUUUAGUUUCUUAGGGAUUGGCCAAGCUCAAGAAGAGAGCGACGAGGAGGAAGAGGUUGAAUCUGUUAUAUCCGAUUCCUGUGUAUCGGUUGGAAAAUACCAUGUGAAAGCAAGCAUCUCCAUAAUUCUGCAGUCGAUUUUCAACAAGUACGGAGACAUAGCAGCUAAUUGUCAUUUGGAAUCAGCUUCGAUGCGUGCUUAUUAUUUGGAAUGCUUGUGUGCUGUAGUUCAAGAGCUAGAUUCCACUCCGUUCAAUCAACUGACCAAAGCAAAAAUAAAAGAGAUGUUUGCUGUUCUCAAGGACGUAGAAUCUGCAGGCAUCGAUGUCAAUUGGCUGCGUGGUCUACUCAAUGAAAUCUCGGAAGGCAUGGAGCUCGUUAGUAAACGCCCAACUUUCGAAGUCAAAAAGGCCAAGCACAGCCAAUCUUUAGAAUCGGUAAAGAAAGAACUCGAACUGAAAAUGGACGACCUGGCUCAAAAAGAAAAAGAGGCAGCCAUUGCACGGGAACAAGUCACGGAAACCAAGGCUCGUUUAGAUGAGAUCGAGCAUCAGUGUUCCGAAUUGGACAAAACCAUUUUGAACAUAGCGUCCAUCAUGGAUAAAUUCGAGGGAAAAUCUCUGGCAGAUGAGCUCUUGUGAUGGUGUUUGAUAAGCAAGACUUGAUAUGUUGUGUAGAGCAAAUUUGGUAAUAGGCUGUGUGUGUGAUAAUAGGGGCUUUUCUUCAAUAAUUGAACUGCCAAGAAGUGUUGAGCCGCGCGUUUGUUUAUUUACAUCUUAGGUGUAUUUAUCUACAUUAUUAGCCCUGCACUCUUCCUACA